AUGGGGGCGGGUCGGAUCCUGGGGGCCGGGAGCCGCUGGGCUGGGGCUCUGCUAGUGACACUGGCGGUGCUGAGAACCCACCCGGCUCAUUGCACGGAGCCCCCAGGGAGUUUCGUGUACCAGGGGAAGGCGGACUGUCUGUUCACCAACGGCACCGAGCGGGUCCGGCUCCUGGCCAGGUGGAUCUACAACCGGCAGCCGCUCGUGCACUAUGACAGCGACGUGGGGCGGUUCGUGGCGGACACGGAGCUGGGCCGGCCCGACGCCGAGAGCUGGAACCAGGACCCGGCGAUCCUGGCGCGCGCGCGGGGCGAGGUGGACCGGUUCUGCCGGCACAACUACGGGGUGGACAAACCUUUCACCAUCGACCGGAGAGUUCAGCCCGAGGUGACAGUUUCACCCACGAAAUCGGGAUCCCAGCCCCACCCCAACCUGCUG